CUCCGCCGAGCCCAAGCCCAGCGAGCGCCUCCAGUACCCCCUGCCAACUGCCCCAAGUAAGAACAGUUCUCUCGGUACCAUGGCUCCGUACGCUCCCACUGACGGCAUCAGCAAGCUCGCCAUCGAUCAGAGCAAGCACUUCACGGAGGCCCUGAAGGAGGCUCUCAAGAGCUCGGCCGACCAACAGAAGGUCGCGGCGGAGAAGGUGUCGGAGCUAGUCGCCGGUGAUGCUAACCUGAACCUGGGCGUCGUGUCCCAGGAGCUGCGCAACGCCUUGACGGGCAACGAUGCGGAUGCCAAGGUCGUGGCUGCCCACGUCGUGGACGACCUCAUGCAGAAGCAUGCUGAGCGUGUGGAGGCCUACCUUUUGCCUCUGCUCUCCGUGUUCCUCGACCUGCUGGGGGACAAGAAGCCGACUGUGCGCCCCGUCGCCCAGGAGGCUGCCCUUACCAUCAUCAGCUCGGCCAACAAGAACUCGACGAUCCGUAUCCUGCCGAUCCUGUUCGACGGUCUUGACCGCUCCAAGAAGUGGCAGACCAAGAAGGGAGCUCUCGACCUCAUCGCUGAGCUGUCUAAGGUCGCUCCUUACCAGGUCGGUCGCUGCCUGCCGGACAUUAUUCCGCAGGUGACCGAUUGCAUGUGGGACACCCGUAAGGAAGUCAAGGUUGCUGCUCGCGACACCAUGACCAAGGUCUGUAACGUCGUGGGCAACAUGGAUAUCGAGCCCUUUAUCCCUGCUCUUGUGAGCUGUCUGGCCAACCCCACGGAGGUGCCUGAGUGUACCCACAAGCUGGCCUCGACCACGUUCGUCAAGACUGUGGAGGCCCCUGCUCUUGCUAUUAUGGAGCCGCUGCUGAAGCGCGCUCUGGCAGAGGGCAAGACGGCCGUCAAGCGUCAGGCCGCUGUCAUUAUUGACAACAUGUGCAAGCUCAUGGACGACCCCGCUGAGGCCCAGCUGUUCAUCCCCAAGCUUCUGCCCGGUCUGAAGAAGGUCAUUGAGACCCAGGCUGACCCUGAGUGUCGUGAGGUUGCCACUCGUGCCCACGAGACUCUGUUCGUGGCUGGUGGCUCCAUGGAGGUGUCUGAGGACGAGCUGAAGGUCGACUACGCCAACAUCCACAAGGUCGUUGUGGAGUCGAUCGCCGCCAACCCGACUGCCGUCAAGGCCAACAUCGACAGCUUCGUCGUCGACUACGUGACGGGCAUCUGCUACUUCCUUGUGGUGUCCCGCAACUUCAACAAGGCUGUCUUUGAGAAGGAGAUCACCACGUACAUCAAGGCUUUCAUGAAGCCGGAGGAGAUCAAGCCUCUUGCCAACGAGAUCCGCGACCGCUGUUUCAAGGAGAACAAGUCGAUCUUCAUCGAGGACGUUGACUGCGACGAGGGCAUCCCCGACCUGUGCAACUGCGAGUUCUCGCUUGCUUACGGUGGUAUGAUUCUGCUGAACAACGCCCGUCUUCGUCUCAAGCGUGGACACCGCUACGGUCUGUGCGGACCCAACGGUUGUGGUAAGUCGACUUUGAUGCGCGCCAUCUCCAACGGCCAGCUCGAGGGCUUCCCCAGCCGUGACGAGCUUAAGACUGUGUUCGUCGAGCACAACCUGCAGGCUUCGGAGGCUGAGCUGUCCGUGGUGGACUUCAUCCUUGUCGAUGAGGACCUGAAGAACACUCCCCGUAAGGAGGUCGAGGACACUCUUGCAGGUGUCGGCUUCACCGCCGAGAUGCAGGCCCAGGGUGUGGGUACCCUUUCGGGUGGUUGGAAGAUGAAACUGGAGCUGGCCCGUGCCAUGCUGCAGAAGGCCGACAUCCUGCUUCUUGAUGAACCAACGAACCACUUGGAUGUUAAGAACGUGGCGUGGCUCGAGAACUACCUGACGAGCCUGACGAACGUGACCUCCAUUAUGGUGUCGCACGACUCUGGCUUCCUUGACACGGUCUGUACCAACAUCAUUCACUACGAGACCCGUAAGCUGAAGAUCUACAAGGGCAACCUCUCCAAGUUCGUGGAGCAGAAGCCUGAGGCCAAGGCCUACUACGAGCUCGAGUCGGAGAACGUCAAGUUUAUCUUCCCCGAGCCUGGUUUCCUUGCUGACAUCAAGAACAAGGGUAAACCCAUUAUUCGUCUGACCAACUGUUCGUACCAGUACCCGGGUACCCCCAAGCCGUCGAUCAACAACAUCUCCGUGACGUGCGCUCUUUCGAGCCGUAUCGCCGUUCUGGGACCCAACGGUGCCGGUAAGUCGACGUUGAUUAAGAUGCUAACGGGUGAAGUGGAGCCGACCAGCGGUCAGGUGUGGAAGCACCCGUCCAUGCGUUUCGCCUACGUGGCUCAGCACGCUUUCCACCACAUUGAGUCGCACCUUGAUGAGACUGCCAACCAGUACAUCCAGUGGCGUUUCCAGUCUGGUGAGGACAAGGAACUUCUGGCUAAGGAGACCCGUAAGCUGUCCAAGGAGGAGAAGGAGCACUACAAGAAGCCGGUGAACUGGGAGGGCGAGAAGCGCGUUCUCGAGGAGAUUGUGUCUCGUCGUAAAUUCAAGAAGAGCUUCGAGUACGAGCUUAAGUGGGAGAAGUGCCCUGUUGACGACAACGCCUGGGUGCCGCGUGAGAAGUGUGAGAAGUGGGGCUGGGACAAGCUGCUGCAGAUUGCCGAUGACCGCGAAGCUGCUCGUGCUAACCUGCAGGCCCGCCCGCCUACGGCAAUUGCUGUGCAGAAACACCUCGACUGCUUCGGCCUGGGCGCCGAGUUCGGUACUCACUCGCGCAUGCGUGGUCUGUCUGGUGGUCAGAAGGUGAAGGUCGUGCUGGCUGCUGCUAUGUGGCUGAACCCGCACAUUCUGGUGCUUGAUGAGCCCACGAACUACCUUGACCGCGACUCGCUCGGUGCCCUGGCUUCGGCUAUUAAGGAGUUCAACGGUGGUGUCGUCAUGAUUACUCACCACAACGAGUUCUCGUCGGCGCUGACCCAGGAGACGUGGAACGUUGAAGCUGGUUUCCUCGUGAUUGAGGGCCAGCAGGCUGAGGACAAGACCAAGAUCGAGCAGAAGAACGAGGAGGAGGUUACGGAUGCCUUCGGUAACGUCACCAAGACGAAAAUCAAGCGCAAACUGACCCGCAAGGAGAAGAAGGCGAAGGACAAAGCUCGCAAGGAGGCUGAGGCCCGCGGCGAGUACUACAGCGACUCAGACGAGGAAUAAGCGGGUUCGAUUUCGCGCCCAGAUCUUUCGAUCGAUACCUUAUUAUGCUAUAGAAUCUCCUCAAUGUGGUAUGUAGAGUGACUUGGGAGGCGAUUUAGACACCGCGAAUUCCAACUGCAUAAAAACACUUUCAUUUGGCAAAACCA